UGUAAUUUCAAAUUGACGUUUGUAAAUAGUCAACAAAUGGUAAUGAAAUUUUCUUCAGAUUUUUAAAAAAAGGGUUGAAAUGGAUCUAGGAGAUAAUAUAGAAGCACCUGGCGUAUCAGAUUUAAUUCUGAAGCUAUGUAAUAACCUAUCUAAAAACGAUCAAGUUGUAGCAUCCAAAUUGUGUAAAACAGCUUUCAAAUUCCUCUCCUUAUCUUCCUCAACACCAACGUUUCCGCAGACUGCAAGCGAAGAAUACAUUGUUACCCAGAUUCGGCAUUAUUUGUCUUCACAAUCUAAAGAAAAACUAGAUAAUUUUGAAGUUUUAUACUCCAAAAUUUGUGAUUCAAGUAAUCUUCAACACAGGUGGGCCUCGUUGAGUUUUCUGUUUCAUCUAUCACAGGAUUCAAGAAAAAAAGUAAAAGAUGAAGUGUUGCCUUUCAAUUUGGUGUCAAAAGAACUACCAAGAUUGAAAUCUCAAUUAGGCAUUGCUAGUUCUAAUAGUCAUGAAAGUGUACGGCACCUAUAUGACAGUAGGGAUAAGAAAAAAGUUAAUAACAAUUCACAUUCUACUGCAUUGGCAGCUACAAGAGUUCACUCACAAUCUACAACAGUAUCUUCUAUGUGCUGGUCAAAAAAUGAUAUUCCCACAUCUUCAAGGCUGUCAAACCUGGCCAGCGUAACCGAACAAGAUCUUCUUCAAGAUGUCAUUUAUUCAUUUCAAGGUAUAGAGGGUAAAUUCUUGAGGAAAGAACCAGGUGGUCUAGGAUUUACUAUAGAUCCCAAAGCUGGUAAACUAUUGACACCCAUCCAACGAGGCAUUCUCGAAAGAUUGACUGGUAUUAGCUUCUUACACAAUCAGUUGAAAAGGUAUUGUGAGGAUAACGAGAAACAAAGGGGAAUAAUUUGUCAGGCUUUGAUUGCUACCGUGAGCGAUGAACUCUCUGAAUAUUAUAAAACUGUUGCAUUGCUGCAAGCUGGAGCAACUCGACAAGGUUCAAUUGAACGCUCCGAUACAACUUUGAAGAGAGCUUUGUUUGUGAUGCAUGAUCAUCACAGCCGAUUCGAAUGGCUAGCAUAUAUUGCUGAACAGUGUAGUGACAAAAAGGGGGGUGAACUUAUAACUUCCAUCCACGGAUUUUUGCAGCAUGGAUCAAAAUGUGCUCAGGAGGUAUCAGAACGGGUUCUUAAGGCAGUUUGCAAACCUUUGUAUAUCAUGCUGUCUCGUUGGCUACUUGACGGGGAAAUAAAUGAUCCUUGCAAUGAAUUUUUCAUCGAAGCUAAAACAAUAACGUCUGCUGAAAGAUUGUGGCAUGAUAAAUACCAUGUAAGGCAGGCCAUGGUUCCUUCCUUCAUAACAAUGUCCCAAGCAAAGAAGAUACUUGCUACUGGAAAAAGCAUCAAUUUUUUGAGGCAGAUAUGCAAGGAUGGGGGUCAACUACCUGGUAGAGAAGCACUUCAGAAACUUUUCAGAACAACUACAGCUGAAGCUCUGUUCGCUCCUGAGCAGAGUAUAGAAUUCCAUGCAACUUUGGAAAAUGUUUAUCAGGAAACGUCUUUACGAGUAUUGGACCUUCUGAAAAAUAAAUAUAAGUUAUAUGAACAUUUACAGUCUUUGAGAAGAUAUCUACUUUUGGGCCAAGGUGAUUUCAUCAGGCAUCUACUAGAACUUUUAGUACCUGAAUUGAACAAACCAGCAGCCCAUAUCUAUACUCAUACAUUGAAUGCCAUACUAGAAUCAGCCAUAAGGGUUACGAAUGCCCAGUAUGAAGAUGAAGACACCCUAAAACGACUGAACGUCAGUUUUAUGAGCCACUCUUCAGGCGAUACAGGUUGGGAUGUAUUCACUUUAGUAUAUAUUGUGGAUGGACCCAUCGGAACCAUUUUCCAGCAAACGAUGCCAAUGUACCAGAGUCUGUUUGGGGCUUUGUGGAAAGCUAAGAGGACCGAAUAUGCCUUGGCUAACAUGAGGCGGCAGCAGAUAUCAAUGGCUAAACUUUUUAGGCGUAUAAAAGAGCUGAAACCUGUGAUGCACUUCAUCCAUCUACUGACCAGCAAAAUGAUUCAUUUUCUACAUCAAACACAGUAUUAUUUUCUAUUUGAAGUAUUGGAAUGUUCUUGGGCUGAGAUGCAGAAUCAGGUAAACAAAGCUGAAUGUUUGGACGAUAUCAUUACAGCCCAUACAGGAUUUCUAAAUUCGAUACAAAGGGGAGUUUUGCUUGAUGAGAAUUCGCGGCAAUUAUUCUCACACCUCCUUUCAAUCUACAAUUUUGUGGUGAACCUCGAAGCCCAUCAAGAAGCUCUCUACCAGGCGGCUUCUGACGAACACGAUGCCUAUACUCAGUACUACAACAAAGUCAAUGAAGAACAAGGUUUCGGCACUACCACAGAGGAAGAGGUGGCAAACAAAUUACGGCGAGCAACAUUCCAUCAGUUUCUCAACACAACAAAGUUGAGAGUUAAAACUUCGGCUCAAACUUAUGACGUGAUUGUAAAAAACUUUCUGGAACUAUUAUCAAAAAGCAUGAACAUGAAUCUGAGAUUAUUGAGCGUAAGGUUGAGUUUCAACAAUUUCUACAAUGUUGCAUGACCAGACUGGGAUCAUAGCAGUAACUCGAAUUCGAAUCCGACCCUGGAUUUAUCUCCUCAAACCUGUGAAACUAGCAUUAGUCUCGAAUCUCCUGCGAAUGUUGUUGACUUUAGGAGUAUUUUUUCGUCCAAUAGCUUUAAUUGUACAUACAGUAAUGAUGGACGUUAUGAGGUAUGUAGUAGCAAGUAUGGUAGUGUGAUUUCCUUGGUGGACAAUAACAACAAAAAGAAACGUAAGCAUAUCUGAUGUUGCGUCGGGUGAAAGGUGGCAGUUUUAGGUUUUUGUAGCUUUUGCACCUUUAAGCAGUUUGUAAAUUUUUGUUGUUAUAUUUGAACAAUUCGUGAUACUUACUUGCCUCGUAUCUACCAUUCAGUAUGCUUUCUAGUUGAAAAUUGAGAUACAGCUUUCUGCAGGUUUUGGUUUCAAAUCUCCUAGUGAUAAUAACACUUCAAGGUUCUGGCAACAAAAGUUAAAAAAUUAGUCCAACAUAGGAAGUGAUAUAUUUUUUUGAAAGUUUAAUAAGUAUUUUUGCUCGCUAGCUCAAAAGUUGAAAGAAAGGAAUUUUUUUUCCAUAUCUGUUUUUUUUUCAAGAGGUCGAAGUAAUUGUUAAAACUGUACAUAAAAUUGGGUGUUUAGCUACAGUUUGUAUCUCACUGAAAAAUGUGCUACUAAAAUUCGUAUGUUUAUCUAAAAUAAUAUAAGAGUUGUUGUGUUAAGCAGAGGUUGGGGUGUUUGAAUUUGUAUCAAUUUGAUAUUAGGUAAAUUAUUAUAUGAGGGUUUUGAUUCCACUGAGAGUGCCAUACUAACUGUGUGUACCAUCUAAUCUUCAUGAAUAUUGCCUUCUAUAAUUACAAUUUUUGCUUCCGACAGUGUUAUGCGACAUAAAAUAUGUUAAAAAAAAUCAAAGGAAUAGCAAAGUAUAGCAGUUAUUGCAUUCCAUUAACAAUUUGAUAUAAUAUAUAAUCUACUGUCUUACUAACUGCCCCUAAUACAUUUUGCCUCUCACGCAUCAAGAUUACAAGACAUUGAAUGAUAUUUUAUGUACAUACAUAUUCUUGGCAGCAAACUUUAUUGCCAUAUUGCCAUUAAUUCUAAGGUAUAUUAUUUUGGAUCCUGUACAAAAUAAUGUCUAUUUCAUAUUCAACUAACAAAAUAGAUUAGGUGACCCCAGUAGUGGAACUAGAAAUUCAAUACAGUAAAUUUCAUUUUCUGAGUACAGAGAAUUGAACUAUUUUGUCGCCACAGGAGAAAUUACUAAAAUUCAGGUAUUUUUAAGUGUAUUACAGCUACUGGAAUAACAAUGUAUACAUGUUCAGAUAACAAAAUUCAAAUUUUUUCAGUUAAUUACCCAGAUACGACUCCGAAAUGAGAAUGAACAAAUUUGUGAACUUGAAGACACUGUUAAAUGUGGCAUUUAAAAUCUUUAGAUUGGGUUUUUGGAAGUUUUCAGUCUAUAGAGGAUAUUGAUAAAUUUAGAGCACAUUAUUAUAGUUAUUUAAUUAUUUUCGUUCGAUAUUAAACUAACUUCUGUAAGAUAUUUCUUUUUUAAGACACAACCAUUGACCUUCUCGAAGUUGGAGAAAAAUUAAAUUAUUCAUUUAUUACUUAGCUGGCAGUUUAAAGAAAACACUCUCACACAAUACUCUAUUGGGAAAUAUUUGUGUAAAAAAAAACAAGUCCAGCAGCAUUAGGUUGUAACCAAAUAAAUUCCAUUUUGAGUGAGAUUUUCAACAUAUCGCUGACGCGACCCAGAAACAAUUGAGCCUAACCGUGUUAACAUCAUUGAUCAUUUUUUCAUCAGAGAACUAUUUAUUAUCACAGUUUUUUUUUGAUAAUCAAAUUUUUUGUUGUUUUGACAGAACAAGAAAAUGUGACAAUAACAUAAUAUCGAUGAUGGUUACACAAAACUUUCAACAAAAAUUUUAUUUUUUUCAGUAGUAAAAAUAACAAAAUGUUCUGCAUCUAUAUCAUUUCUUCUAUGAAAGAACAGUUUUUUUUUUAAAUUUAUUAAAAGUAUUGAUGACUAAUAAAUGUCACAAAUAUAAUCCCAAAAAUCUGUUUCAAUUCACACAUACUGUUAAUUCUCGUUUGUGAGAUGCUCUAUUAGGCACUAGAAAUUACUGAAAACCUCCUUUUCUGAAAUAAAGGAUGUUGAAAUUGAAAAAUAUGUUCAAUAAUAACAUUUUUAAACUAUUUGCAUUUUGUCUGAAUGAGUAUAAACUGAUACAUAGAAAAUAGUCAAGCAUUUUCAGAAUUAAAAGAAAAUGUUCCAACAUUACUCAGACCCAAAAAAUAUUUUAAUAUUACUCAUAAAUUGUGGUUGCUUUUUGAAACUUGAAACUUCAAUGUACCCAAGGAAGUAUCAUAAAAAUUGAAUGCUCACCUCUUGUAUUAAUGAAGAAUUUUAUGUAAAUUAAUGAAUACAUUUAUGUAUAAUAUAUUCUGUCAUCAAAAUGAUUAUAUUAGUAUAAACGAAUUUUUUUAAUGCUGGUCCAUCGAUAUUAAUUUUGAAAUGUUCUUUUUUAUUUCCAUAAAAAUGGAAUAUCAUGUUUUAAUUAGGCCACUUUCCACCUAAUAUAUUGUUGGUUUUAACCUGUUUUACACAUUUCUCAAAUGUAAUAUACACAUAAUUUUAAGUAAACAUUGUUACAGCCAUUUAUAUAAGACUGUUAUAACUUUUUUUACCAGUGAUUAUAUCGCAAACGUUAAUACUAUGUUCCAAUAAAUUAAUUGAUAUA